AUGAACCAGCCGCCGCCCGCGACCGCGGUCAACGGCGCACCUCCUGCGGCUCGACCAUUGCCGCGCAAGAAGCCUGCCGGCGCUGACGGUCUCUUCAAGCCCACCAACAACCAGAAGAAGCGCUAUCCUCUCGGUGCUCCUCCAAAAGCCCUUGUCCGACCUCCAUCCGGCCGUGGUGCCAACUUGCAGCCAGACCUCAACGCAAUCAAUGCCUUUUCUAACGCGAGAACGGAAAACACCAAACCUACUCAGAACUCCCUGCCGCAGAACGUGCCGGUCAGAGAAUUCAAGCUUGUCACCUCUAAACGAGAGCUUCUCGAUGGUUUGCGCUAUCACCUGCUCCAAGUCGAUGACAAGUUGCCGCUAGACAUUCGCAAUGAAAACGAUUUCACUAAGCCUGCGCGUCUGCACCGCCGAAACCCUGAUUGGAAGACUCAAGUGAAGGAAGGUGACGAGCCCAAGGAAGCCGAUGCAGAAACCGAGGCCCUCAACAAGCGCAGAGAUGCGCGCCAAAAAGAACGAGAAGCCAAUCUUGCCCAAAUCGCUCCUUCAGCGAACUCGAACCGCAGAAAGCUCUUCACCAAAAAGACCGCUCAAGUCUAUCACAACGACUACACCGAGGAAGAGAAGCGUCGCAUUCAGAUGAAUUACGAGGAGAAGUUGCCAUGGGUUCUCGAGGACUUUGACAAUAGACACAUUUUGAUUGGAAAACAUAAUCAAGGGUCAAUGGGCGUGUACGCCGCAUUUGCUCACGAAGCAUCGGCCGACGGCGCAAGCUCUAGAUUCAGAUUACUUCCUAUCGAAAAGUCCUACCGAUUCGAGAAGCCCAGCAACGUUCAGGCAAAUGUUGAUUUUAACGACGUCUUCAACGCUUGGAGCAAGAAGAAGAACGUCGAGCCCGAGUUUCUUAUGCGCAAAAGGGAGGCCCGGAGACAAGAGAUUGAGCGAGAGCGAGAGGCUAAGAUCAAUAGCAAGCUCUUCCUGGCCGACCAGAGUCUUGCUAUGACACGUGAGGGUGAGGAUGCAGAUCUUGAUUUCGAAGAUGAUUUUGCCGACGAUGAAGAGGGGGACAUGUUCGGCGACAAGGACGAAGACGAGAAGGCUGCAGAGAAGAAGGUCAAGGAAGACCAUCUAAAGGCAAAUAUUGGGUGGCAGGAGAAGGACGAACGCGAAGUCGAGGCUAGCGAGCACAAGGAAGACGAGUCAGAGCGGCUGAAAGGUAUCUGGAGUGGCGCUAUGCGCUCUAAACUGGAGAAGCGGGAGCGUAAUUACAACCUAGGAAGCGAUUCCGACGAUAACUCCUCGUCUGAUUCCGAAGAAGAGCGCCAACGCCUCGAGGCAGAGAAGCAGGCCAAUCUGAAGAAGGAAGAGGAAGGCGGCAAAUCUGCUCUCUCGUCUGGUGCCAACACGCCCUCUGGGCGCAAAGAAAAGCAUCCUGCCUCGGAUCGUGAGGGUGCCAUGAAGAAAUCCAGCUCUUCCAAGAGCUUGAAGCGCCCGGGCUCACCCAACCUCUCCGAUGCAUCCGGCACCGAUGCUUCUACUGUACGCAAGAAGAAGAAAAAGUCCCACCACUCCUCGUCACAGGGCCCGACGUCCGGCGGCUCUCGGCCCAUGUCCCCAGACGGCUUGCGACCUCGUGGUGCCGGCUCUGAUACCGACGGCGGCGCCAUGUCAGACGGCACUCGGAUUAAGAUCAAAGUCAAAAAGCCUGGUAGCCCAAGCAGCCCCAACUCGCCUCCUACCUCGCGAGCUGGCUCACCGGCGCCAGGCGCUCGCCGCAAUCUCGAGACAGGUCCGCUGCCAACAACAGAAGAGAUCCGCGCGCGGAUUCCACCCGAGGGCAUGGUGGCCAAGGACUUCAUCGGCCUAUAUAAGACACCGACAGAUCCUGAGCGUAAAGCCCAGUGGACGGCUUUUAUUAGAAAGCUCAUCCUUACUAAAAACGGCCGAGUGUAUCUCAAAGAUGCUGCGCCACCUCCUGUCCCGCCUGGAGAGGCUGCCAUCAAGUCGGAGAACGCCAAUCCUGCAGGCUAG